ACAUAGCUUGCAUGUUAUUAACAUGUGCUAUUUAAGGAGGUUAAAGUUAAACCAAGGGAUUGAUCUGAGAGAGAGAUUAUAAGAGUUCCGGGUUAGAUCCGAUAAAGAUUGGGUAGGGUCGUACAAUUUCUCCAUGGAGACUCCUAAUUCUUAUGGCAGCUGGUAGGAGCUCCCUAUGGAUAUCUUGAGAUUUCUUUAGUCUUAAGCGAGUAGAAGAGAAGAAGAGGAUCAAUCUUCCACCUCUAGAGUCAAUUAAGGUUUCUUGUAUCUUCUAAGAAGCAAAGACGAGCAAACAACACUCACCGAAGAGAAGAAGAGGAUAAAUCUUCCACUUCUAGAGUCAAUUAAGUCUGACAUUUUUAGUCUUAAGCGAGUAGGAGAGAAGGACUUCAACGAGAGAGUAGUUGGUGGUUUCCCAGAGAAAGGGUUUAGCCAAAGGGUGAAAGAUCUGAGAGGGCUUUUGUGGAUGGACGAAAGGAAUGAAGAAUACACUGUUGCUUGAUUUUUUGACAAGGGUGCUGAAUACAUAGCAUUUUGCAAGAACGGGGAAGAUUGUUACCGUACCAUUCCAACACGGAUUGGUGUUCACUUUACCUCUCAAGGCAUAUCUGAUAUGGUACUCCGGGUGACUUUCUUUACGUCUACACCACUCGUCGAUACGUUCGACUUCUGGAUUUGUCUGGGCAUGAAGGUUUCAUGCAAAUGACCAAGAGGAGUUUUAUAUUACCAUUUCACCCAGCUUUUCCUCCGAGUUCUGAGGAAAUCACAUAUGCAAGUAGGUUAAAGGUUAGCUAUAACAUUGCUGUAACAAGAUCCGGAGAAGUGUUGUUGGUUAAGAGCAUGGUUUUUUAAGGCAACCACCUCUGAAAUGAUGAUGCUCCACCUCUACAAGACAGAUCCUAAUCCAGAUUCGGAAGAUAUUCUCCACCAUGAGAUGAGAACCUUUCUUUUGAGGUACAUUCUCUAGGUGAUGAGGCCCUCCUCCUCGACUCUGGUAUCACUGUGCCUGCUGACCCUACCCUUGGCAUCGAACCAAACUCCAUCUACUUCACCCGUCAUGGCCGGGUCCGUAACUUUGUCCAGGAACCUUCAUGCCCGGACAUCUGUGUUUUCAAUCUGACAACAAAGAAAUUCACACGCUUCCCCAUCCUCUCCUACUUCAAUACCAAGGAUGCUCUAUGGUUUCUCCCUUGUUAAUUUGCUUCUCUGGAAUUUCCAGGUGUUGUUAUGUUUAUUCCUUCUCUGAUCUACCUUGCAGCAAUGAUGACCCUCCAACGCUUCCCAUGGUUUCUCACUGGCUCUUGAUUUGUUUCUUUCUUUUCAUUUUGGUGUCCUUGAGAGACUUCCUGGUUUAAUUGGAGGUCAUUACAGCACCAAAUUAGUUAGUUGUUAACUUGUAAUAAUUCAUAUAAAAUCGGAUUGGUGAAGUUGUCUUCAGAGAAUUUCAUGCCUUUUGAGUUAUUGAUUAUAGUCCGGUUUAUACCUAUCUGAACUAUAGUCCAGAUUAUAGUUUCCUCUUGUUGUCAAAAAUAAAUAAAUAAUAACUGUAGUUUGCCUUUGGAUCAUAUAGGCUCAUUGCUUUUCAUGCCAUUAAGCUAAUCAACAAUUAUAUAUCUAAAACCUAAACCACCCAAAUCUGAUUCACUUGUCUAACAUUAAUUAUAAAAUAACCAUUUGAUGGACUAAAACAAGAAACCAUAAGAGAGUCUCUAGCUAUAAAUUAACUUCUCCAUUUCAACUACUUCACAAGCCUCGAAAUGUAACAACUUCACAAUCACUUUUCUCCUUAUUUAUAAACCUGCAUUCAAAUCUCAAAUAACACAAAUCUGUACUGCAAAACAAAAGAAAGAGUUAUCCAAAAAAAGAAAAGCAUUCUCCAAAAUGACCAAACGUUCACCAUUCUCACUUUUAACAUCAAUCGUUCUCAUAGUUGCUCUUUUUACUGCAACAACUGCACUCGAUCCUUCCCCUGAAGACCCGAUAUUCGAAUUGUACAUGCAUGAUAUACUUGGUGGAAGCAGUCCAACGGCAAGACCCAUUACUGGUUUGCUUGGAAACAUUUACAACGGCCAAGUACCAUUUGCUAAGCAAAUCGGUUUCGUUCCACCGGAGAACGGUGUAGCUAUACCAAAUGCAAACGGUGCAAUGCCGACGGUUAAUGGUAUCAACGGCAUUCCUCUAGGCACCGGUUUAUCCGGUACAGCGUUUUCAGGUCAGAAUCUAAAUGGGAUUCAGACACAACUGGGACCUGAUGGUCUGAGUCUUGGCUUUGGAACGAUCACUGUGAUUGACGACAUAAUCACAUCCGGUCCUGACUUGGGUUCUCAGCCACUUGGUAAAGCGCAGGGGGUUUAUGUUGCAAGCUCAGCAGAUGGAAGCACACAGAUGAUGGCUUUCACUGCUAUGCUUGAAGGUGGAGAGUACAAUGAUAAUCUCAACUUCUAUGGAAUCUAUAGGAUCGGAAGCGCCAUGUCCCAUCUGUCUGUGACUGGAGGAACCGGAAGGUUUAAGAACGCUUGCGGGUUCGCAGAGGUUAGGCCCUUGAUUCCUUCGGGGCAACACUUUGUUGAUGGAGCAGAGAUGCUGCUGAGGAUCAUUGUCCAUCUUAAAUACUGAAACUUAUGUUCAAAACUUGCAACUGAAUGUUUAUUAAAUGUGUGAUUCAAUUUGUGAAAUGAGAAUAUUUUCUUCUUGUGAUGGACACAACUCAAAACAAGACUUGAAUUUUA